UUGAAAUUCUUAUGUACGCUCUAUGGUUACCGUCAUAAAGCGUCUAUAUCAUAGAGUUCACUGGUUGCGAUAACUUGCAAGUCACGCCGAAUGAUGUACCCUCUCGCUAAGCUCGUUCUCCUCCUUUGGAAAAGCUUGAGGGAACUCUCUUAACAAUACUUUUUAUUAAUACCGGCUCUUUUAUGCUUCACAUCUGAGUAGUAAGUUCACAUAUAAUUUGAAAUAAGACACGGCCUUCAUUUUCGCAUAACAGAUAGCGUAUUGGGCUACAUCACAACGAUGGAAACACGGAAUAGUACGGGGACCAAAAACAACGCAAGUCCAUCCUCCAUGGAUGAUUGUCUUCCCUCUCUUCCCCCUUCCAUUUGGGAGAUUGGUGGAUUCCACUGAGCAGUCUGACUGUAAUAAACAAAUGGAGUCAGAAUCAGGAUUUGUACUGUACUCUUCUGGUGAAUACAAAAAAAUACCAAUGAUGGGCAGCACAGGUUGCACAGGGGUGGAGUUAGGAUCAAGUCUGAACCGAAGAGGGGACAUUGAGGAGAGUGAACAGAGGAAGACUAGGGAGGAAGACAUACUGUGUAACAUCAAGGAGGAGGAGGGUGGCGAAAGGCAGAGUAAAGAGAUCAAGAUGGAGGAUGGUGUGAGAGAUGAAGAAGUCCAAGGACUCUGGAGGGAACAGGAAAGAGAGAAAGUUGAACAGAGCAAGAAAGAUGAAGCCAAUGGAAGUCCCCAAUCUAACGGAAGGCUGAAGAAUGAAGUGAAAUCAGACUGUUUGAAAAAGGAAGUGGAGGGUCAGUCAUCUGCUGUUGCUUCCUGUCUGUCCAAAAAGUCCAAAGUGCAGACCCAGAAGAAGAAGGUGAUUGGCGAUUUGGGAAGCCCUUUGAAACAGUCGCUGGGCUCAUCAGAGAAAGAGGUCUAUGCUGAACCUGCCCUUGGAUCUUCCGUUAUCUCACCCAGGAGAGAAAAUGCAGGGCGGACCGAUGAAUUUUCACCCAAAGUCUUCGCCUGCUCCGAGUGCCCCUUCGUUCACACGGAGGAACAGAAGCUGCACCAGCACAUCGAGAAGGUGCACUCGGAGGAGUACGACACCAUCAUCAUCGACUCCGACCCCCCGGGGGCCCACUCGUGUUCCGAGUGUGGGAGGAGCUUCAAGUUUGCGUCGCGCCUCGCGCUGCACAUGCGGAUUCACACGGGGGAGCGCCCGUACCAGUGCUCCCAGUGCGGGAAGAGCUUCUCGCAGUCGGGCUACCUGAUACUGCACCAGCGCUCGCACACCGGAGAGCGGCCAUACCCGUGCUCCCAGUGCGGAAAGAGCUACGUGAGCCUGUCGGUCCUGAAAAUACACCAGCGAACUCACACGGGAGAGCGGCCCUACCACUGCCCCCAGUGCGGCAAGAGCUUCCGAUCGUCGUCGCACCUGACCACGCACCAGCGAACUCACAUGGAGCUGCGUCCGUACCCCUGUUCAGAGUGCGGGAAGAGCUUCAGGUCUCAGUCGGACCUGACCCGACACCAGCGCAACCACACGGGGGAACGUCCGUACCGCUGCGCCCAGUGCGGGAAGAGUUUUAAAUUGCCCAAAACCUUGGCUGUGCACCAGCGGACUCACACAGGGGAGCGCCCGUACCACUGCUCCCAGUGCGGCAAGAGUUACACCCAGCUGAGUUCUCUGAUACAGCACCGCCGAUACCACACAGGAGAGCGUCCGUUCAGCUGCUCCCAGUGCGGGAAGAGUUUCAUAUCCGCGUUUCUCCUGGCAGUGCACGAGCCGACUCACACGGGCGGGAGCCAGCACCUCUGUUCCCAGUGCGGGAAGACGUUCAACCACUUGAGCAAUCUGAGGGGUCACAUGCGAACCCACACGGGCGAGCGGCCCUACCAGUGCACGCAGUGCGGGAAGAGCUUCAGCCGCUCGACCACCCUGAAGAAGCACGAGCGGACGCACACGGGGGAGCGCCCGUUCCACUGCUCGCUGUGCGAGAAGAGCUUCACUCGCUCCAGCGCGCUGAAGAGGCACCAGCUGAUCCACACCGGGGAGCGCCCGUACCAGUGCCUGCAGUGCGGGAAGAGCUUCAUCCAGUCGUGCCACCUGACGGAUCACCAGCGGACGCACACGGGCGAGCGGCCGUACCACUGCUCCCAGUGCGAGAAGAGCUUCGCGUCCACGUCGCACCUGACGAUACACCAGCGAACUCACACGGGAGAGCGCCCGUUCCACUGCUCCCAGUGCGGGAAGAGCUUCUCUUGUUCGUCUCACCUGGCCAAACACCGGAAAACUCAUUCGGGAUAGCUCAGCUGUUCCUAGCGUUGUUCAGCACACGUCCCUGCUGACACAUCACAGGAUAUUUUAUUAUAUUUUACGCUGCAUAUAUGUUCUACAUAGCAUUAUUUUAAAAGAAGUUCGUCUUAUUUUAAACUCUUGCCUAUGUUGACCAUUUUAAAUCAACAUUUACCUAAAAGAAAAAAUAUUUUGCAUGUUCUUGGUGGACAUUUUAGUUUAUUGCUGUUUUGGUUAAUACACUACAUUAUUGUAUUAGUAAUGUGGGUUAUGUCAGCCCAGUCAUCAAUUGAUUCUGGCUUCUGGGGUUGACUUUCUUGCUUGCAGCAUGUAAAACUAUAAACAAGUAUUUGAAAAUCUUUUCAAAAGUUAGGAUAUAUUUAUAUACAUAGGACCUCCCACCUCUAUGGAAUUUCUACUUCAGAGACCUUUUGCAUCACUUUGUGAACUUUUAACCAGUAAGUAACUCAUUAAUGGACGAUUCCAAAAUAUGUGAUAGUGGUUGGCUGUAAAAGACCCACGCUGUCUCCAACAAAUGGAAGACAUUCUAUGAUAAUUGCUCCUCACCUUGUGAGGUUGUUUGAACAAAACUCUCCAUUAUGGUAUGUUUUCCACUGCGGCUAACGUAAUAUUUCCCAUUCUUCUUUAUAUUCAAGGUACUUUCCCUUUCCCAUUUUUCUUUUACAUUUAUUGUAUUCAUUGAUUUAUUUUGUCGGAGGUCAUCGUAGGAGUAGAAUUUUGAAAUUAUUUUAUUACUUCAUAUUAUUUAUUAAGCAUCUAUGAACACUUUCAGUAGACCGUUAUCUGAAUACUUUUGCUUUUAGUCCUCAUUCAAGUGGUGGCAUAUUUGAAGGAAUCUGAAAAAAUAAAAAAAUUCAUAAUAAAAGUAAUAAACAAUCUUUAUUAAUUAAA